GAAUAAUCCAACCGCUCCAUUGUCUCUCCCUCAAUCCCUCAAUUUCUUCGCGGCCCCCGAAGCCUCAACUCCGUCAGCGCCGCCGCCGUCCAAGACCAACAGCUGCUGUUUGCUCAUCCCAUCUCCUCCUCCUUCCUAGGCAGCUACUGCUUCUUCUCCUGCUCUUGCCAAAGACAUCUACUUGCGCCGCAACUCAGCCCACGCGUCUCCCAUAGCCUCUGCACCACCUAAGGCAGGUAGGAGACGCGGGCGGCGGACAUUGCGCAGCUCAUAGUCAUCGGCAGAGGUGGGCACAAGCGCAUCCGUGCUGAUAUUUGGCUGCAUCGGUUGACACGCGUCCUCCGCACGGGCAACCCUAAGCCCACGGCGGAACGGUUGCAGCGGCGCUUCCCUAAUUCCCCUCCAGUCACUUGUUUCGUCAUGGAUCCCAACAUGAAGCACCUUCAAGAGACUUUGGUUGAUAUUGAAACUGAUGCAGAGCAACUUCUUCUGGCAAGACAUCAGUUAGUGGAAAAUGACAAGAUGCGGAAUGCUAACAGGGAGGCAUUGACGGCCCUCCGGAAAAAAGCCAGGACAACCAAAACUAGUGUUCCAUCUCCCUUUGAUGUCAUAAUGAAAGAGAUGGAAGGAACAUCAGGCAGAGAGCUGAUAAAGGAGAUAUGCCCAACAUGUGGAAACCACGACCCCAAAGAACAUACAUGGUUAAUGUUUCCAGGAUCAGAUAUUUUUGCCCGCGUUCCAUUUCAUGUAACGCACACUAUUCUAGACAAAGAUCAAGAACGCCUAGACUAUGACAGCAAGAAGCUGCAAAGCUUUGUCAAGGAGAAGUCGUUCCUGAUCUCCGAGAAAGGUGCCCUUGCUGACAAGAUCAGUCCUGGCAUCGUGAAAUCCCUCGUGAGUCUCACAGAUAAACCCAAGUAGGCACAAUACGUGAGUCCAAAUGCUGGCAGAGUCAUGUUGGUCUAAUCCCCUGGUCUGCUCCAGUCCACGAGAGUAUGUACUACAAUUUCAUGGGUUCACCGAGUGGUAUUAGCAACUGGAGUGUUCUUCGGGGAGCAUCAGAACAUGUGGUUCGGUUUUGACGCUUUGUUCUUUUGCAUUACCAAGACGACGCGUAUAUUAUUAUGUUUCUUAUAAACAUCAGUAAUAUAAUUGCACUGCAGUACA